AAUACUUUGAAAAAAAAAAACUGAUAGCUUUUAAAAGUUUUAACCUCUUGACAGUUCAUUCCCUUCCAUCAGCCUCCAUCCUGUAAUCUUGUUCAGUUUCUCAGCAGAUUCUUGACCAGCAGCCUCAAAGAAGAAAUACUCAGAUACUGAACUUAGUCCGAGAUUGUUUCAGAUCUGUAAAAACUAUAAAAUGGGUACUGGAAGAGGUAACCUUACCAAUGGAAUUGAAGGGGUGAAUCAAGUUCCAACUUCAUCAAAAAAGAUGAUACAAAAUUUGAAAGAAAUUGUUAAUUGUUCUGAAGCGGAGAUCUAUGCUACGCUUAAAGAAUGUAAUAUGGACCCUAAUGAAGCCGUUAGUCGUCUUCUUUCUCAAGAUCCGUUUCACGAGGUGAAGAGCAAGCGUGAAAAGAAAAAAGAGGCUAAGGAUGUGGGUGAUUCAAGGUCCCGUAUCAUUGGUAGCACCUCUAGUAGAGGUGGCAGGAGUGGGGCGGACCGAAAUUCCAGCCACAAUAAUAUGGCCUCACAUGGAACCUCGGACUCUAGUGCUUCACGUGGUAAAACUUGUUAUAAAAGGGAAAAUGUAUCUACUCCUUAUACAAGCUUUGCCAUGUGUACGUCUGGAAAUGAGUCAAGCAGGCAGCAACCACCCAUCAGUGAUACUACCGUGCGCAAAACAUUGUCAUAUAAUGCAGUUGACACAAUAGCAGUUGCACCUCCAUCUUCUGGUUACCAAUCUGCUUGGUCAGGCAUGCCUGGUCAAGUGUCAAUGGCUGACAUUGUUAGGAUGGGAAGGCCACGAGGAAAACCCAGCAGCACCUUGACCACAUCUCAGCAGCAUGUUAACAAUCUCCAUCCUUCGGUAUCUUUUGAUGUAGAUGUACCUCAUGAUAUGCAUACAUCACAAAAUCAUUCUGCCAAGGGUUUAGAAGAAAACUUUAAUUGGAGCAUGUCUGGAAGUGUACCUCCUAAUGAUGAUUGGCCCCUAGAGGAGAACCCACCAAUUGCUGGUGUCUCUACCAUCUUGGAGCCCCCUGUUGAUUCUGAACCAUAUGGUGACCCGUAUGAUAAGACAGAUCAGCAAUUUAUACCUCAAGCUGAUGAGGUUCGAUUUGAGGACAAUAAUGCUAAAAAUGCACAUGACAGUGUUCUUCGAAAUAUUCCCAAAUCUGACCAAAAUAUACAUGAGGAUGACUCUGACAGUGCAUGCAGUUUUCAUAAUGAGUUGUACCAGAAUACUAGCUCUUACCAGGUUCACCAUCGUGAAGUUGAAGACACCAGUGCAUCACUACCAUCUAUGACCCAGAAUUUUCAGAGCUUAUCUUUGCAAAAGGAGGAUGAGGAUGCCCCAUACGAAGAAGAAGAAGAAGAAGAAGAAGAAGAAGGUCCUGCUGUGAAAAUUCCUGAUCACCUGCGAUUUCAGUCUGCUGACUGCUCUCAUUUGAGCUUUGGAAGUUUUGGAUCUGGAAUGAAUGCUCCUUUUCCUGGGUCUUUUGGUUCAAGAGCCGUGCAGAGUAAUGAAGAGGCUUCUGUAUUUUCUGAGGCACCACUUGUUGCCCACUCUGAAGCUAGAAAUCCUGAAUACUAUGAGGAAGAACAUCUUAGGACUACACCAGAUGUAAGUACUGCACACAGAAUGGGCGAUAGUUCUGGAAAUUUUGAUACUCCAUCAGUUUCACAGGCAGAUAUGUUGAACCAGGAGGUUCCUGUUGUUCCCCAAGCCAAUCAAUACUCUUUUCCCUCAUCCACUGCCAACUAUGCAUUUGAGAACACCCAACAGUUGAAUGCAUCCUUUGCAAAUUCGCAAGCAAGCUCUCAGAUGCAAGGUCUGCCUUUGUCAGGUGUUAUGUCUUAUUCAAACGCGUUGCCUAGCUCGCUCUUGCCAUCAAAUGUACAGCCCCUGAGGGAUGUGGACCUUGCAUAUUCAUCUUUCCCCAUUUCACAAUCUAUGGCUUCAAAGUAUAGCAACUCAGUCUCAUCUAUCGGUAAUCCCACUGUUUCAAUUGCAGAGGCACUGAGAACCGGCAACUUCUCAGCUUCCCCGGCAACUCAAACUCAGAAUCUACCUAGUGCAAGCAGUGUCAGUGGAGGGGCGGCUCUUCCACAACACUUGGCUGUGCAUCCAUACUCCCAACCUUCCGUGCCAAUGGGGCCCUUUGCUGCUGCUAAUAUGAUGGGUUAUCCAUUUUUGCCUCAAAGCUUUGCAUAUCUACCGUCUGCUUUCCAGCAAGCAUUUGCCACGGGUAAUAGCACGUAUCCUCAAUCCCUAGCAGCAGCAAUGCCUCCCCAAUACAAAAAUAAUGCUUCAGUGAGCAGCUUACCACAAUCUGCUGCUGUUGCCUCGGGUUAUAGCGCAUUCGGGAAUACAAGCAAUAAUUUCACACCGAAUCCUCCUAGUGCUCCUGUAGCCUCUUUGAAUUACGAUGACCUUUUGAAUUCACAAUACAAGGAUGGCAGUCAUCUUUCUCUACAACAGGGUCCUGGGUCCAGAACGUCAUCGGGGGUUCCAGGGAACGCAUAUUACAACAGUUUCCAAGGGCAAAACCAGCAGCCUGCUGGAUUCCGGCAAAACCAGCAGCCACAGCACUAUGGAGCUCUUUCAGGGUAUCCCAAUUUCUACCAUUCCCAAAGCGAGCUCUGUCUUGAUCACCAGCAGCCGAUGUCAAGGGAUGGUUCUGUUGGCGGUUCUCAGGGACAACAACAGCCUAAGCAAACCCAACAGAUAUGGCAUAACCGAUACUAAAUAUUAAAACUCCAUCACCCCUCAGGAUUUUCGGGUCCUUUGUAGAACUAUGUAGGUCCAGAAAUCCGGCCAAAUAUUAAGGCCUUAAAUCUGUACCGAGGGACUGGACUUGGCUACUGCGGUCCUGUGCCUGGAGAGGUUGUACUUCACCGUCGUUGUCUUUUGAUUUUACAGUUUGGCUAACAUAGGAACGAUGUCGAUUGUGUUCGUUUAGCUUGGUUAUCCAAUAGUGAAAAGUUUCUCGUUUGAGUUUUAAUUCUUGGCCUCCUAAAGCUGGUUAGUGUGUAUUGGUAAUAAUGAGCAGAGCACCGAGCAGGGUCUUACGUUCAAUUCUCGUUUUACCCUCUUAUUAUCUCAGCAUACCCUGUAAUUUAUAAUAAUAAUAAUAAUAAUAAUAAUAAUAAUAAUA